GCAAGGGAAGAGGUAUACGCAUGAUGUUUGCUCACAUAUUUUGAUAUAUUUGUUGUGAGUUCUAUCGAGCUUUUAAGGAGUUAAGGUAUAAUUUAAGAAACUUAAUUUAUAUUGAAGGAGAAAGAACAGUCUUACUAAAAAUUUACAAGUAUUUUUAUUAUUUGAUUAUGAAGUAAACAUUAUUUGGAUACGUACUGAAACUAAGGUCAGCAAGUAAGCAGUUUUUGCAGUUCCUAAAAAUCUAUCUGGACCAAUGGAUGAAAAUGGUGAAAAAGUGAAAGGGCAAAAAACAGCUGCCUCGUACAAUGAUGAAUGGGAAGAACUCUUUGGUAACAAGUUUUAUCUUGAGAAGUUAAGAAAUAUUGGGCUCAAAGGACAACUGAGAAGUUGUGUAUUUCGAAGUAUUUGUUGGCGGGUGUAUUUAGAGUGCCUUUCUGAUCAACGAUCUGAAUGGAUAUCAAAGGCACGAGACUUACGAUCUCAGUAUGAGGAGAUCAAAUAUAAGCUGCAGUUAAAAACAAAUCCCCGACAUGAAGAAUUGAAAUUAGAUUUGGCAGUCAAUAACCCUUUGUCUCAAGAAUUAGAAAGUCCUUGGAAUCAGUUUUUUCAAGACAGUGAACUAAAAGCAACAAUAAAGCAAGAUGUCAUACGAACUUUUCCAGAAAUUGAGUUCUUUCAUACACAAGAGAUUCAAGUCAUGAUGGUCGAUAUCUUAUUCUCAUAUGCUCGAGAGUACCCAGCUGUUUCUUAUCGUCAGGGUAUGCAUGAGCUCUUAGCUCCAAUUCUGUUUGUUCUGCACUCGGAUCAACAGUCAUUUCUUCUUGCUUCAGAGAUAGGAUAUGUCAACAUGAUUGAGCCCUGUACAAGGGAGGAAAUAAGAGAGCUUUUGAACCCUCAGUUUACUGAGCAUGAUGCCUUUUUUAUGUUUUACCAAGUGAUGGAAACAGUUGAAGCUUGGUACCUGACCAAUGAAGACCGUUAUGUAAAGCCAACAGACUAUUUCAACUUGGCUCCAUUUUCUCAACCUCCUGAAUCAGGCCCCUGUAGUACUUUGGGUGUUAAACUCACCAAGAUCCAUGAACAGUUGCUUCGUCGUCAAGACCCAGAACUGUAUUGUCAUCUAACAAAGUUGGAAAUAGCACCUCAAAUAUUUGGCAUUCGUUGGCUUCGUCUUCUUUUUGGUCGAGAAUUUCCAGUGCAAGACUUGCUGGUAAUAUGGGAUGCCAUUUUUGCAGACAGUGUAUCUUUUGAUUUGGUUGAUUACCUAUUUACUGCCAUGCUUGUUUUUAUCAGAGAAUUAUUAUUGAAUGGUGAUUAUACCUCUAGCCUUAACUACUUGAUGCAUUAUCCAGUAAUAACUGAUGUCCACUGCAUAAUCGAAUUAGCUCUACACCUCAGAGAGCCACUAAGAUACAAUCGACCUGUAGGCUAUGCAUGUAAGAUGCUAAGGCAUACACCAAAUGUAAGAAGUCAACAAGAUAUUUACCAAACUUCUGUUAAGUCACUGUCACCUUCAUUACAGAAAUUACACAGCCCCAAGAAAGAGCUUUUGUCCUCACGACCCAAAUCAUUAGUGCUGGAAGAAAUCAUGCCAACUAAUACCCCCAGAAAAAAUGAAAAACCUUCUGUGGAAACUUUCAAUGCUUUUAAAGACAGUGUGGAUGCUAGUAGUCAUUGUGUUUUAGAAAAAGGAGAAAAUUCUGCAGAGAAAAAAACUUUUGGAAAUAGAGCAUCAAAACAAUUAAGACAUGUUCGUCACCAAAGUGAUGGAUUUGCUGGUCGUCUGGUGGACAUGUCAGCAGAGACCUUACCCAAACAUUCUAAAGUGAGCUAUAAACUUGAUCGGUCAGGACUUAGUCUGAGCUUGGGAAAAUUAAGUGCCGAAGAUGCUAUAAGCAGUGAGGUAAUGUAUAAAGAGAUGGUUCCUCUAACACAGCAGUGCUUGCUAGGAAACACUGAGCCAAUAGAGUACAACACUUCUCAUUACAGCAGUAGGAAAAAUAAUAUAAACACAGACGAAGAGCUUCAAGCAUUACGAGCUCAAGUCUCGGAGAUGGAAGCAAUGAACAACUAUUGUUGCAAAAGAAUGACCCAUCACCUUGAACUGCUUCAAGACUGUAUGUUGAAACAGUCUCUUGAUCAUGAAGAUGAAAUGUUUCUAGCUGUUGCUGGAUUGAAACGGGUGCGAGACAUUCUAAAAGGAACAGUAAACUUUGCAGAGGAAGUGACUGAUGAAGAAGAUCUUGAUUGUGAAGGUCCCUUUAAUAAAUAUGAAUUCCAGAGUUUAGAGAAAGAAUUCAAGAAUUCAGAAAGUUUAAAAUUUAAAACUUCUGAUUCCUGUACAACCUCUAAUUCAGCUGUCUUAAUUAAUCCAAGUUCCCCUUGUAACAGAAGUGAUUAUGUCUCAGAAAACCAACUCUCUGUGUACAUGAACAGUAGCUUGGCAUCUACGGAAAAUAAAUUUCAGAAGUUUUUACCUUUGAUUCUUUCAACAUUUCAGAGAGUCUAGAAUAGAAAAGGAAUGGAAAACAUGUUAGAUAUAUAUAUAUAUAUAUAUAUAUGUAUGUAUGUGCAUAUAUAUAGUAUCCUUUACUCUGUGGCGGUAUAUGAAAUGAAACUGAAUAUUUCAUCUUAAUUUUACUUUUUCUAUCAUUUUCUGCAAUUAUAAUAGUAUGAAACUUUUUUACAACACUCACUUAAAUCAUUAAAAGAUCACUAUUUCGUGCUUUAUUACUGGGCUGUUUUCUCACUAAGAUGUGGGUGUAUUGUAAAAUGGCAGGUUUAUACAAGUAUAAUCAUUUCAUAGCUAUGGAACUUAGAAAGAAACAAUUCUUUUAAGUUUUCAGUUGUAAUUUUUUUGCUGAUAAAAAAGUUAGGUUUAUACUUAAUAAUUCUUUCGGGGCUGUACUUAGUUUCAACGUGGCAACUUUUUAUAAUUCUUCAUCCUGAAUUGGUUUCAUAGAUUAUUCCACAGGAUGUUGAGAUUUAAAAGUUUAAUUUCUGCCCUCACCAUUUUCAGACUUCUAAUAAUCAUUUAAUUAUUAAAAUGCACUUUCUCAGUUUUUUUAUAUAUUAUU